AUGGAAGGCAAAACUCGAAAUAACACAACUAAUGAGAAAUACGUUUUAGGAAAGCCUUCAGUGAAAACGACGAAAACAACACCGAAAACCACAGAAUUAACCACGAAAAAAACGACUACAAAACCAAAUACGGCUCAACACAUUACCAUACAUCCUUCUACACAACCAUCGCCUAACAUCACAAAUGUGAGCAGUGCAAAGCCAACCAGUCACGACGUCAGUCCGGCUAUGAGCACGACGGCACAGAUUACCACAGCUCAGAAGCAAUCACCUGGAACAACUAAUGUUACAUCAUCAAGUAAGAAAACUCCUAUACUUGGUCCGAUAACAGCAACUACGGAAGGAGUAGCUUUCAUCGUAACGGAUUCUCCAGAUGAUGUUCCAUCGAAGACCAGCGAGAAGAAACAAAAAACGUAUUUUUUAUUAUUAAACAGCCUCAAUCAAAUGCGACCCGGAUAUUCAGACAACUAA